AUGGGCACACCACGCCCCACGGGUGUCUUCCUGAAAAGCGUGUGGCGUCUGUCCAGAGAACCAGACGUUCAGAAGCUGGAGCCAGAAAACAAAGAAAGUCAUACCCACGCCGUGGUGCUGAGCCGCCCCGCCUGGCUCUGGGGCGCCGAAAUGGGCGCCAACGAGCACGGCGUGUGCAUCGGGAACGAAGCCGUGUGGGGGAGAGAGGAGGUCGGCGACGGCGAAGCUCUUCUGGGCAUGGAUCUCGUAAGGCUUGGACUCGAGAGAGCGGACACAGCUGAAAAGGCCCUUACUGUCAUAGUUGAUUUGCUAGAAAAAUAUGGACAGGGAGGAAACUGUAUGGAGAGCCAUAUGGCUUUUACAUACCAUAACAGUUUUCUCAUAGCUGACAGAAAGGAGGCAUGGGUACUGGAAACAUCAGGAAAAUACUGGGCAGCAGAAAAAGUAGAAGGAGGUGUACGGAAUAUUUCCAAUCAGCUCUCUAUCACAACCAAGAUUGACAGAGAACAUCCGGAACUGAGGGAAUAUGCCAAAAGCAAGGGCUGGUGGGAUGGGGAAAAGGAAUUUGACUUUGCUGCCACGUAUUCUUAUGUAAAUACCGCCAGCAUGACUACAUCCAGAGGCCGAUACUGUGAAGGCUAUAAACUUCUGAACAAACACAAAGGCUCUAUUACUCCUGAAAUAAUGAUGGAAAUUCUUCGUGACAAAGAGAGUGGCAUUAAUAUGGAAGGUGGAUUUAUGACAACUGGAAGCAUGGUCUCUGUAUUGCCUCAGGACCCUGGUCUCCCUUGUAUUCACUUCUUUACAGGAACUCCGGACCCCGAGAGGUCUGUAUUCAAGCCUUUCAUUUUUGUGCCCAAUAUUACACAGUUAUUAAAAACUAGCUCCCCUACAUUUGGUCAUGAUGAUCCAGUUAAGAAGCAACCGCGUUUUCAGACUAAGCCAGACCGAAGACAUGAGCUCUAUAAAAAACAUGAAAGUGCUGCUGUAGUUAUGGAAACUACUGAGAAAAAAGGUAAAAAGAUGCUGGAACAGAUGCGGAAACUGGAGAAACAGAAAAUUAGUGAAAUGGAAUCAAUCCUGCAAAACAGAUGUCUUGACAUGAACCAAGCUGUUAACCUUUUUUCACAGUGCGUAGAAGAAGAACUCAAAGUAUAUACAUAAAGCUACUAUUUGAAUGCAGUAUAAUUCAGUUUUAUGAUUACCUCUUCUAAUUAAGUGGAUAUAUAGAUUACAUCUUAUUUUCAAUAUACCAAUUGCUAUGGACAGUUUCAGAGAUGUGGAUUCAUGUUUGGGCCAAGCAGUAUGCAACAAUGCUGAAAAGGCUUUUCAGAGCUAGGGAGUAGCUCUGUGAGUGGCAUACAGCUGUCAGCAGAGAUCGAUUUGCCAACAAGCUGAGAGGCAGUUAGAAACCAGGUAACUUGACUGACUUACCUGGACAAUAGAUUGCCUAUCAGAACCCUGUCGUUGGAUGAAGAACACCAACUCAGAUUUGGACAACUCCCCUUCUAGUUACACGCUUAAGUAGCUUUUAUAAUAAUCAUCAUACGUGAAAUUCAAAUUGUCUGAAUUAGACUUGGCAACACUGGAUGACUUCCUAAAAUAUGGAACUUGCACUGAAUAAAAAGGAAGGUGAUAUGCAAGCCAAGCAAGACUGAUUUCCAACCGUUUGAUAAAGCCCUUUAAGAUAUGCGUCAUAUGUGAGCCUUCUACUCCUUUAAUGCAAACUGAGCAUAAGAGUCCAAGAUAUAUUAAUACCAAAUCGCAGUUACAAUUAUACAAUAAUUUGUUCUGAAAAUCUAAAAACAUGAAAUUCAACAAUUGAAAUGUCCUGCAAGUUACCUCACAGUUGGCUUUUCACUUAUAGCAAUAAACUAAUGGAGCAGUAAAAAUCCUUGAACUUCAUAGUUCCAGUGAUCUAAUUUUACUGUGAACCUUUUGUGCCUGUGCUGCCACCAGAAUUUCUUAGAAGCUGAAUAGGAUACUGGACACUCAUCAACUGGAAGGUAUAUUUAAUAAAAUGUGGUGUUCUGCCUGUUUUCCUCA